AUUUAGAAGUAGUUGAAGGAAAUAUUUGGUUGAAAUAUUGUUUUAUUCGGACCUUGUGUAAAAAUCACGUAAUGUGUCCCGGUAGAACAAAGUUUUCUACAGAUAAACCAUUAUAUUGACUUUUCAGUAAGUUUAUUUUAAAUCAAUUUCAUGGUGUUAAUGGGUAAAUAGUGGCUGGAACUUUCUGAAGAUGGUAUUGUUGUUUGUACGAUACGUCACUAUUGUCCACAAUGAUGUUCGCAAGCUCACCGGCAUGCCGACCGAUUUAAAAUUGCCCAUUUUUGUGUUCGGCACUGCCCUGUAGACCGACCUGCUGCAGAUCUGCAGUCAUGAAACUAAGCUAAGCCAAUAAACUGCCUAAUUACCAACAACAAAUGUACAAUUGCUUACAGAUAAAACAUUCUUGUAAAAUCAUAAUGCUCAGGAUGAGCGUGGCGACGCGCGUCGGCAGCCGGCGGUGGUCAUGACGCUGACGGAGCGGCAGGUGAAGGGCUCAUGGCUGCAGCACGUCGCACUGCUUGCGCUGCGCAGCUUCGACUGGAAGUGGAUGCAGGGCGUGCAGUGGAUGAAUGAGAAGGCCAGUCGGAACCAGGCUUACAACCCGACCACCAUCGAGCACGUGGCCAAUGUCGUCACUCACGGUGUGUGGGUGCUGCCCAGCAUGUUGGCCGGCCUGGAGCUGCUGCAGAGGGCGCGCACCUGGCCGCAGUACUUCUCCGCGCUCGUGUACGGCGCUGCGCUCAUCCUGCUCUUCACUGUCUCCACGUUCUUCCACUCCGUCUUCUUCUACUGCAACCAGAACCGGCACCUGAAAGAUGCGCUGCAUCGCGGAGACAGAGCCAUGAUCUACGUGUUCAUCGCGGCGUCGUACUUCCCGUGGGUGACGCUGCAGCCCAUGCCGGUUGACGAGUGGGUGGCCGAGCUGUGGUGGCUGGUGUGGCUGCUAGCGUCCCUCGGCAUCGCGUACCAGCAGGUGUUCCACGAGCGCUACAAGUGCCUGGAGACCUGCGUGUACCUGCUCAUGGCCGUGGCUCCCUCCCUCGCCAUGUUCUACAGCACCCUGGCGGGGCUGUACGAGCUGAAGGUGGGCGGCCUCGUCUACAUGGUGGGGGUGAUGUUCUUCAAGGCGGACGGCAAGAUCCCGUGCGCCCACGCCAUCUGGCACGUGUUCGUGGUGAUGGCGUCCAGCAUCCACUACUUCGCGGUCCUCAGCUACCUGUACCCCUCGCACGAUCUUGGCACUCGCUCCGACUGAAGCGUCUCGUCUCAUCCCGUACAAGGCUAGAGCUUUAAUUUUUACCACUACCUAGACCGUAGCUGAAUUUCCCUCUGGUGGUUUUUAUUAUUUUUGAGGCUGUGAUGGUCGAUUUAUGUUGUUACGCGGCAGUGUUACGUCACUGACGUUAAAGCCGUUGACCAAAUCAUUAUUGAGAUUAUCGAUGUUUAUUAGCAAUCAAAAUUGCGAGUAGGAACAUAUUUUCCUUAAAGACUAUAUGUGAUGUGUUUGAGGGGCAAUUCGCCUCUGAAUUAUAUAUUGCACAUCUUUUGCUUAAAUUACAACCUGAUAUAAUACUCAUUUUAAUUUACUUUAAUUGUGUGUAAAAUAGAUAUGGUAUAUUCGUGGGAAAUCGUAAGUUUUCAAAGGUUAUAGUUAGUCAUUUGAGUGAAAUGUCAUAUAUAUAUAUAUAUAAUAGAUCUGCUAGUUAGUUUCAUAAAAUGGUUUUAGGUUACCAUUGUGUAUAGAGUUCAGCUGCUCUUAGCAGUGACUUGAGUGGCAUCAGCAAUAUAAUGAACCACAAAAUACUACGAAAUAAGCUAAAUUCAUUUAAUUUUAUUAUAGCUGUAAAAUUACAACAAAAAGCCUGAUUUGUGAAAUAGUGACUCAACUAGCAUAUGCAUAUUCACACUUAAAAUUUAGUUAUUCUCUUGUUUUAGUGUUUUUGGCAAUAUUCAGUUGACAUUAACAAAGAAAUUUUACACUCGAAUCAGUACUUUUUUUUUUUGCCUUGUCGCAAUGGCCAUAACGUAAUAGAUAAAUACAGCAAGUAAGCUACAGUGUGUGAACAUGGCGGAUCAAUCUUAUCUAUUUAUUUAUUCAUCAUUUCAACUACCAUGUUAACAUUUUCUCUUUAGCAUAACAGUUCUUGUGUUUUUUGUUGACCUAGUCCAUUUUCUUAACAGUUUUGUUCAUUUUUUUUAUACCGGUACUUGAUAUGAAGCAAACAACACCAGUUUAAUAUGUCAAAUAGUCCAUAUUUUCAAUCGUGACACGAUUUGAUCCGCUACCAUUUUCUGAAACGUGAAAUAAAUUAUAUUUCUUGUAUGUUUCAAAUGCCGGAUAAAGUGUGCCCGUCUUUAUUUGUAUACCGCAGUUUAUAGUUUUGAAUUUAAUUUACUGAAAACGUGUUUUUGAUUACUUGCCUUCUUUGAUAAUAGUUUGCUAACAACCAAAUUGGUGUAUGGACAUGUAGACUAUUGUAAUUAUAUCUGGAAACUGGAAAAUGUUGUUUCCUACCCAAUGAUUUUGGGGUAGAUGCGUUCCCGAUUUUUUGGGGAGAGAUAAUUAGUAAAGAAAUGAUAAGCAUAUUGCUCAUUGGUUGUGUAAGAAACAACCAAAUAAACAUAGCAAAUAAUAUAACAAUUGGUAUUUGAAAUGCUUUAUUGGGCCUGUGUACGGGAUGCAACUAGCUUACUGGCUAACUGCGGCAGCAGUGCUCUCUAUCGGCCACUGAGGUGACCUUCACUAGCAAUGUCCUGCGACCCGCACUGUUUGCGACAGUCUAGUCUGCACGUCUGCGUGAUGCCGCUAGACGCCACUCACGCGUUGCUAAGGCAGCUCGGCUCCAACCAAUCACGCGAUGCCACCCUCAGGCUAGUGGCAUCGUGUUUUAUCAUUUGUAUCUCAUGUAAGUAUAUUCUCGUGGAUGCCAAAAUUUCCUAUUGGUGUAAUUUGUAUCAAAAGUUUUAUCUGUGUUUUAGAUGUACUAUAUUUGUGAUAACUUAUACAUUCGUUGUCUCCAGUCUUUUACUGCAGAUGUUUAGAAGUAGGGUAGUGUUAGUGUCAACUGGUUGGUGUGUUUCACAUGAUCUGUGCUGCUGUGAUUGUCUUAAGUGUCUCGUAGUUCAUGUCGUGUACAUCAUGUUUAGUUUCAACCAAAUGUUCUCGACUUGCAGGAUUAUGUUAGAGUGUUACUGAAAUAAACCUUUUUUAUAUGCAGGUGAAACAGCCAAUCCCAAAACUAUUGUGUUAUUUGGUUUCAAGGUACGCUCCUUGACUACAGCAUUUAAAGUAUUAUCCGAAUAAGAUGAAGGUAUCUGUUUCCAAAUGUUUGGAUUCCACGUUAUGUGUACGCUAUGGGCACACCAAAUGAUGAAGAUCUAUGGGCUAUUGCUAUUGGUAAUUAACAAUAAUAAGGUAGGAAUGUGAAGUUGUCUUUCCUGGGGAAAAUUUAAAUUGUCAUGCUUAAAGUUGUACAUAGUGAGCAUACUUUGCACAUUAUAUUCAUAAGCUUACACCAUUAUUAAUUUUUAAGCGUUUUUUAGGUUUGAGUCCUGUAAUUUUAUAAGUUAUUCACAGGUUUUUUUAUUGUGAGAUUUUUUUUUUUUUGUUGUGUUUAGUACCUACCCAUUAUGCUAGUAGGUUAAACAUGGAACAGGUUAAAAUGAUCAUUAAUAUUCAUCAUUAUUGGUACAAAAGUGUGUCCCACAAGAAAUCUAUAAAGCUUACAUCUUUUUCGUGGUGUUACUUUAAUGAAAACAUGUUACUGAACAGACUUCUUACUAUCGUGCUUUCCGAGUUUUGGUUUUUAUUGACGUGAAUUUACCUGUUCAUAAUUUAUUACAUUGUGAAAUUGCAUUUUGCAUUCAGUCAGCAUUUAAUUCUUCUGCAAUAAUGGCAAACAUAAUUUUAUAUACUGUGCAAUUCUAGAUUUAUUGGUCAGUUAUAUUCUGGUUCAGUGUUCAUCAAGACCUUAGUAUUCAGUUCUUAUCAAAGCAAAAAAAUAAGUUUAAUUCGUAGGUUAUAUAAGAAAAUAGAUGGGAUUCGUUUUUUUUUGUGAGUCAUUGAAAGGUUAUUGAAAAUAAUUUUCAGUUACUCAGAAAAGAGGGAAACAUUCAUCGCACUAGCCUACAUUUUAAUUUUUAUCAAGCUAAUCUCAAACUGUGGAAAAGGCCAAUCACUGCUGGUUUUGAGAUCUUGAUAGUGAAGAUGAUUUCUCAUUUUCUUUUCAGCAUUAUUGGCACUUACACACACACUCAAAAUUAUUCUAAUGUAAUGUUAUCCUAAUAAAUAAUUGUUUUAUAACAUAAAGACGAUACAUUUUGUAUCAUUAACCAAUCAAGACUGGGGCUCUCCGAGUGCCGGGUGUGUGUGUAAAGAGUUUGUCGAGAUUGACUUGAGUAAUAAUAAUAAUAAAAAUAGUGUACUUUUCACAGUGUU